AUGACUUCUCUCUCCCUUCCCCCAUCGCCCCUCUUCCAACUCACGCCCUUCUUCCUCCUCCUGCUCCUCUACGGCCUCUGCCCACAGCACUUCCCCCCCUCCACCGCAACAACCAUGCUCUUCGUCCUCUACGCCAUCCUCGCCCAGCUCGCCAUCCACCGCGCCUCCACAAUCUCCAUCCUCCACAACGCCAGCAUCAUCCUCCUCAGCGCCGCCCACCUCGCAGUCGCCGCAAUCUACACGCUCUACUACACCGCCCCGGCGGUCGUCCGCGCUCGAAACGCCCUCUUCGCCUACUUUGACAGAGUGCACCGGCAGAUUCGCCUGCUGAAGAAUUUGCUAAAGAUUAGAUAUCGCGUCCCGACUCCGACUUGCUUGACGCUGCCGCUUGAUAUACUGCGCGAGGAUGAUGCCUUUGAAAAAACAGCCUCGGUAUACUCACAAAAUACAGUCUCUGCCUCUCAAUGGCGUUGUAAAGAACUAAGCAGCUUUGUCCCUCCGCCGUUCGAAAGGCGCGGGUAUCUGCCCUAUCAGCCAUAUCCAAUCGUCUGGUUCUUCCGCAACUUAUUUUACUUCAUGCGAGCUAUUGUACUAUGCGUUUAUACCACGUUUCUAUCAAUAUUCUUCACUGUAAAGUUCUUCCACGACACAACAGUCUCGUCUAUCUGUUUCACAGGAGCCUGCUUCACCUUCGUUAUCAAGCGCAUUGUCAAGCCGUACUUCCGCUUACCAUGGCACCUCGUAAAGUUCAUUAUUCGACAAUUUCCAACUUUUACCUUCUUCGCUGUGCAUCUCACUGUCACAUUUAUUGUAUUGUCCUUUGGAGAGAUGACUGCUCUGUGGACGUGUAUAUUUACGGAAUUCUGGCUACUAUCCCGGCUAGAGCGCUUAUGA